AUGGCCACCGCCCCCUCUGGCUACUCAAUCAACGUCAACGAUCCUGGAUUGAUCUCCCUGGUGAACAAACUUCAAGAUGUCUUUUCGACAGUAGGAGUACAAAACCCUAUCGAUUUGCCACAGAUCGCCGUCGUCGGUUCGCAAUCCAGUGGAAAGAGUUCCGUUUUGGAAAACAUUGUCGGACGAGAUUUUUUGCCACGAGGUUCCGGAAUCGUCACUCGCCGUCCCCUGAUUCUACAACUGAUCAACCGACCACCCACCAAGCAAGUAAAUGGAACGGACGAAGAUAAGGCGGUAGAAGGAACCUCCGACAGUGCGGCCAAUGUGGACGAAUACGGCGAGUUCUUGCACAUCCCCGGACAAAAGUUCUAUGACUUCAACAAGAUCCGAGAGGAAAUCAUUCGCGAAACCGAGACCAAAGUUGGUAAAAAUGCUGGCAUUUCGCCCGUCCCGAUCAACCUGCGCAUCUACUCACCCAACGUUCUUACUUUGACUUUGGUCGAUUUACCCGGUCUGACCAAGGUGCCCGUUGGCGAUCAACCAAAGGAUAUUGAGAAACAGAUCAAGGACAUGGUGUUGAAGUACAUUAGCAAACCGAAUGCCAUUGUUCUUGCUGUCACCGCUGCCAACCAGGAUUUGGCCAAUUCCGAUGGGUUGAAGCUCGCUCGUGAAGUCGACCCUGAAGGUCAGCGCACCAUCGGUGUCUUGACAAAGGUUGAUCUGAUGGACGAGGGUACCGACGUUGUGGAUAUUCUUGCAGGCAGGAUUAUUCCUUUAAGACUCGGCUACGUUCCGGUUGUGAACCGUGGUCAGCGCGAUAUUGAGAACAAGCGUCCCAUCUCGUAUGCUUUGGAGCAUGAAAAGAACUUCUUCGAGGGCCACAAGGCCUACAGGAAUAAGGCUAGCUACUGCGGUACUCCUUAUUUGGCUCGGAAGCUCAACUUGAUUCUUAUGAUGCACAUCAAACAAACACUCCCAGAUAUCAAGGCCAGAAUUUCGUCGUCGCUUCAGAAAUAUACCCAGGAGUUGUCGCAACUCGGCGAUUCCAUGCUUGGAAACAGUGCGAAUAUAGUUUUGAACAUCAUCACAGAAUUCAGCAACGAAUACCGUACCGCUUUGGACGGUAAGAACCAGGAGCUUUCCAACAUUGAGUUAUCUGGUGGUGCUCGUAUCAGCUUUGUGUUCCACGAAAUCUAUAACAAUGGUGUCAAGGCUAUUGAUCCAUUUGACCAUGUCAAGGACCUCGAUAUCCGAACGAUCCUCUACAAUUCCUCCGGCUCUUCCCCUGCGCUCUUCGUCGGAACAACUGCUUUCGAACUUAUUGUUAAACAACAGAUUAAGCGACUUGAGGAUCCUUCGCUCAAGUGUGUGUCGCUUGUGUACGAUGAGCUUGUCCGGAUCUUGAGCCAAUUGCUGAACAAGAGCUUGUUCCGUCGUUAUCCUAUGCUCAAAGAAAAGUUCCACAACGUGGUGAUUCAAUUUUUUAAGAAGUCAAUGGAGCCUUGCAACAAGCUUGUCAAGGAUUUGGUCAAUAUGGAAGCUUGCUACAUCAACACCGGUCACCCAGAUUUCCUGAAUGGCCACCGCGCUAUGGCUAUCGUCAACGAACGGACGCAGAGCAGCAAACCAACCCAGGUUGACCCUAAGACCGGCAAGCCAUUGCCACCUCGUUCCUCCAGCCCUUCAUUGGACACUGUUCCUGAUGCCAACAAAGAGGGCGGAUUUUUCGGUAGCUUCUUUGCAUCAAAGAACAAGAAGAAGCUGGCUGCCAUGGAGCCUCCCCCACCAACCUUGAAGGCAUCUGGCACUUUGAACGAGCGGGAGAAUAUUGAAGUUGAAGUUAUCAAACUGUUGAUCACCUCUUACUUCAAUAUUGUCAAGCGGACGAUGAUUGACAUGGUUCCUAAGGCGAUUAUGUACACUCUUGUGCAAUUCUCCAAAGACGAGAUGCAACGCGAACUGCUCGAAAUGAUGUACCGCAACAACGAACUUGACGACCUCCUCAAGGAAAGCGACUACACCAUCCGUCGCCGAAAGGAAUGCCAGCAAAUGGUUGAGAGUCUCUCCCGCGCCAGCGAAAUCGUCAGUCAAGUUCAGUAA